AUGAGCGUGCUCUCAUGCCAACGCUCCACAAUGUUAGCAGCUCAGAACAAAUCUCCAUUUCUAAGCAGAUUCCGAUCCUUCAAACCUCACCGUUACAGAUUUCGCUGUUUGCUUGACCAAAUCGCUGUUCCCACAUCUCUCACUCCUGUUCUCACCUCCGAUAACGUAAUCGCCGCCGCUGCCAAAGCCGCCUCCGUCCAUAGCGCCGUCUCUUCCGCCAUCACACAGGUCGCCGUCACCGCUGUCGCAAUUGCCUCCGGCGCUUGUCUUUCUACCAAGGUUGAUUUCCUAUGGCCCAAACUGCAGGAGCAACCAGGUACCGUGACGGUGGAUGGAGUAGAUGUUACUGGUUAUCCUAUAUUUAACGACGCAAAGGUACAGAAGGCUAUAGCAUUUGCAAGAAAAGCACACCGUGGCCAAAUGCGGAAGACAGGAGAACCUUAUUUAACACAUUGUAUCCACACAGGAAGAAUUUUGGCUGCGUUGGUUCCAUCAAGUGGUAAACGAGCUGUUGACACUGUUGUGGCUGGUAUUUUACAUGACGUGGUUGAUGACACUUGCCAAAGUCUGCAGGACAUUCAGGCAGAAUUUGGGGACGAUGUGGUCAAGUUGGUAGCUAGUGUUUCAAGGUUAAGCUAUAUUAAUCAGCUAUUACGCAGACAUCGGAGGGUAAGUGUAAACCAGGGAGUCCUUGGCCAAGAAGAGGCGAGUAAUUUACGAGUAAUGCUUUUGGGAAUGGUAGAUGAUCCUCGUGUUGUGCUCAUCAAGCUUGCAGAUCGUCUUCACAACAUGAGAACAAUUUAUGCUCUGCCAUUGCAAAAAGCUCAAGCUGUUGCAGAGGAGACCUUAAUCAUUUGGUGUUCACUUGCUUCAAGAUUGGGUCUGUGGGCGUUGAAAGCUGAACUUGAAGAUUUAUGCUUUGCUGUUCUACAGAUGCGAGCUGAUCUGGCUUCCAUGUGGAAUCCCACUAACAGAACAGGAAACCCAAGAAGAUUCUCUGUAAAAGGCAAUUUGAUACAUUUGGAUGAGAACAGUUCAACUUCUUUCUACAACGGAUCCUUGACAUUCAAUGGGGAUGUGAGUAUGAAGGAUCUUUUGGAAGCUGUGGUUCCAUUUGAUAUAUUGUUAGAUAGGAGAAAACGGGCUAACUAUCUCAGUAGUAUUGGGAAUAAUCUAGAGACAUGUUCAAAACCGAAGGUUGUACAAGAUGCUGGGUUGGCUUUGGCAUCAUUGGUAAUUUGUGAAGAAGCACUUGAGCGAGAAAUGAUUAUAUCAGCUUCUUAUGUCCCGGGAAUGGAAAUUACCUUAUCUAGCCGAUUAAAAAGCCUGUAUAGUUUAUACAGCAAGAUGAAACGAAAGGAUAUAAGCAUUGAUAAGGUAUAUGAUGCACGUGCAUUGAGAGUAGUUGUGGGAGACAAGAAUGGAACCUUACAUGGUCCUGCAGUUCAGUGUUGCUAUAGUCUUCUUGAUAUUGUACACAGGCUUUGGACUCCAAUAGAUGGUGAAUUUGAUGACUACAUCAUUAAUCCAAAGCCUAGUGGCUAUCAGUCCUUGCACACUGCAGUCCAAGGUCCUGACAGCUCACCUUUAGAAGUACAAAUAAGAACACAGAGGAUGCAUGAGUGUGCUGAACAUGGACUUGCCGCACAUUGGCUUUACAAGGAAACUGGAAAUCCGUUUUUAUCUAUACACAGCAUGGAUGAACCUGAAACAGAAGCACCCUCUUAUUUCUCCAAAGAUUUAGAGGGAGGAAAUUCUUCAGACAUUUUGUUAAGUAAAUAUAAGUCAUUCAAGGCUGGACAUCCAGUCCUCAGAGUAGAAGGGAGUCACUUACUUGCUGCUGUUAUCAUCAGUGUAGAAAAUGAUGAAAGAGAAUUACUAGUUGCUGUGAGCUUUGGGUUAGCUGCUUCUGAAGCAGUUGCUGACAGAAGAUCUUUCCAUAUUUAUAAGCGAUGGGAAGCUUAUGCUCGACUAUUUAAAAAGGUAUCUGAUGAAUGGUGGUUUGAACCAGGACACGGGGAUUGGUGUACUUGUCUAGAGAAGUACACACUAUGUCGAGAUGGUAUGUAUCACAAGCAAGACCAAUUUGGGAGACUACUCCCAACAUUCAUCCAAGUUAUCAAUUUUACUGAGCAAGACGAAUCUGAAUAUUGGGCUGUCGUGUCGGCUGUGUUUGAGGGCAGACAAGUUGACUGGAUAACAUCUCAGUCAAAAUUUGACUUGGUUGCAUCAACUUCUGCGGAAGCUGGCAUCAAUAACAAGGUGAAGCUUUUGAGAGCAAUGCUUUCCUGGGAAGAACAAUUGCGCUCUGAAGUAAGUGUCAAGCAAACAAAGUAUGACGCAAAGCUUUAUGAUCUUAAUGGUUCUCUUGGGGAAGUGGUAAUUAUUUGUUGGCCUCAUGGUGAAAUUUUGAGGUUAAAAGCUGGUAGCACUGCUACUGAUGCUGCUCAAAGAGUUGGUUUGGAGGGAAAGCUGGUUUUGAUUAAUGGACAGUUAGUAUUGCCCAACACAAAACUCAAAGAUGGCGAUGUUGUUGAAGUAAGAAUUUAA